AAACAGAAGUAAGAAAGAUUUGAAGAUGUCAACAUCGCAAGGUUUGAUUUUGUCUCAACUGAAAUUCCUAUUUCUAAUUACACUUAUUGUGCAUGGUCAAGGAAGGAUUUUGAAUGGAGAUAUUUUUGAACUGAGUGAAAUAAAUAAUGCGGGAAGUGAACGAGGUCCAUUGCUUCUGUUAACAGACGAUCAAGUGCAAGCAGCUAAACGAAAUGAUGUGAAUCGAUACAAAAAUGCAUACCGGAACUUUAUGAUGAACAAAGAAACUCCAGAAAUAAUUAAUGAUGAUGCAUCAUUUAAAGAAGAUCAAAUUUCUUAUAUCCCUUGGAGAGUAGCUUCACCUCAAACGUCACGUGGUGGCGUUAUGGAGUUUCAAACUAUCACCAAACAGUUUUGAAUAACAGAUUAAUAUCAUUAAUAGAAAAACUUUCAUCAUUUAUGAAUACUUAUUAACGUUUAAAUUCAAUUGUCAAUGAAAAAUGUUACUUAAUAUUUUUAAACUUAUGAAUC